AUGAACCGGCUGUACGACAUGGAGCCCAGAGUGAUGGAUGAUGAGAUGCUCAAGUUGGCUGUGGGGGAGCAGGGCCCACGGGAGGAGGCCGGGCAGCUGGCCAAGCAGGAGGGCAUUCUCUUCAAGGACGUCCUGUCCCUGCAGUUGGACUUCCAGAACAUCCUCCGCAUCGACAACCUCUGGCAGUUCGAGAGCCUGCGGAAGCUGCAGCUAGACAACAACAUCAUUGAGAAGAUCGAGGGCCUGGAGAACCUCACGCACCUAGUCUGGCUGGACCUGUCUUUCAACAACAUCGAGGCCAUCGAGGGGCUGGACACGCUGGUCAACCUGGAGGACCUAAGCCUGUUCAACAACCGCAUCAGCAAGAUCGACUCGCUGGACACGCUGGUCAAGCUGCAGGUGUUGUCACUGGGCAACAACCAUAUUGGGAACAUGAUGAACAUCAUCUACCUGCGGCGGUUCAAGGCCCUGCGCACACUCAGCCUGUCUGGGAAUCCGGUGGCUGAGAACGAGGACUACAAGAUGUUCAUCUGCGCCUACCUCCCCGACCUCGUGUACCUGGACUUCCAGCGCCUCGACGACCACACGAAAGAGCUGGCGGAGAUGAAGCACCAGUACAGCAUCGACGAGCUGAAGCACCGGGAGAACCUGAUGCAGGCGCAGCUAGAAGACGAGCAGGCCCGGCGGGAGGAGCUGGAGGAACACAAGGUGGCCUUCGUGGAGCAGCUGAAUGGAACCUUCCUGUUCGACAGCAUGUACGCUGAGGACAUGGAGGGCAGCAAGCUAUCCAACCUGCCUGGCCUGCAGCCUUCCUUAACGGCUUCCUUCACCUACAAGGACAAGUUUGUCAUCAUCUGUCUGAACAUCUUCGAGUAUGGCCUGAAGCAGCAGGAGAAACGGAAGGCAGAGCUAGAAACCUUCAUGGAGUGUGUGCAGGAGGCCAUUCAGGAAAACCAGGAGCAGGGCAAGCUCACGAUUGCCAAGUUCGAGGAGAAGCACUUGCUGAGUUUAAACGCCAUCCGAGAGGAGAGUGAACUGAGUAACAUCGAGACAAAGAUAGUGGAGCACAGCGAGGAUAUCACGGCGCUGCUCAACGUGCUCAUGACACUGGAGAUGCAGCUGGUGGAGCAGCUGGAGGAGACUAUAAACAUGUUUGAAAGGAACAUCAUCGACCUGGUGGGACUCUUUGUGGAGAACGUCCAGAGCCUAUAUCCUUUCCUUGAGGACCCUCUGGGGAUGCACUGUGGGCCAGGGGCUCCUGCCCACAACAUGUGCCGGGACCUGGAGAACCACCACCACGAGAAGCUCCUGGAGAUUGCCAUCAACAUCCUGGAGAAGAUAGUCAAGGGCGAGAUGGACGAGGACCUGCCAGACGACCUGCGCUCGCUCUUCAUUGACAAAGACACGAUAGUUAACGCAGUUGGGGCCUCGCAUGACAUCCACCUCCUGAAGAUUGACAAUCGCGAGGAUGAGCUGGUGACCAGGGUCAACUCCUGGUGCACACACCUGCUAGACAAGAUUCACAAGGAUGAGAUCAUGAGGAACCGCAAGCGUGUGAAGGAGAUCAACCAGUACAUCGACCACGUGCAGAGCGAGCUGGACAGCCUGGAGUACGGGGACCUCCUGGACUAG